AGAACGUUUAGUUCCACCUCGCGCACCCACGGACGAGCGGGCCGAAAGAAGCUGGCAGCCAUUGGCGCUUUCACAAAUGUCAGAGCAACCGAUCUCCAUCCACUACCAGCAGAUGGAGGAGUGGCUGGAGGAUCGCAAGUCUGUGUUCUCGCGCAAGCACAAAAAGCAGUACGCAGACCUGCUAGCUUUGGCUCCGCGGCUGGUGCAGAUGGCCCAGUACGACAUCCCCGCCUUGGAGAAGCAAAUCAAAAAGAACGAAACCGCCGUGGAGGAGUGCCACCGCGUGGGUGAGGAGGCGGCGAAGACGCAACAGAAGCUGCGUGAUAAGCGAACUGCGAUGUUGCUUGAGUACGGAAUUGAAGUGGAGGCGUCUGGCGAGAGCGGCGUCAUCGAUGCGGUAAAUCAACGUAUCGGUGCGGCGUGUGUGAAGCUGAACACCGCGUUUCGAGAGUACAUCCAGGCCCAGGCCGGCUCCCUCAAAGCGUCCUACAACGCGCACCUCGACAGAACGGCGGCCGGCUUCUUUGGCGCCGACGCCUUUGCGCUGCAUUUCCCAUGGCUGCAGCGCGCUGUAGAGGAGGCGGAACUGCCGCUGCCCCACAGCACUGCGCCCGAUCAGGCAGACGACUACGCAGCGGCUGCAGGGCCGCAGAUUGACUGGGGCGACGACGACGAUGUGUUCGCGGAGAGGGAGACAGGGGUGGGAGCUGCCGCUGCCUCCGCCGCCGCCGUGGAAAUUAACUGGGAUGCGGUCGAGAUGGAGGCCCGCCCGGAGGAGAACGAGGGACUUCCGCCCAGUGACGGUAAGCACUUCUCUAUCGAUCUUUCGCUUGCAAAGCACCGUGUGAGCAUCUUGGCAGAGCUGCAAGCCGCUGCGUGCUUUUGCCGAGAGCGGAACGCCAUUCAGCACGUCGGCGCGAGUGGUCCGACUGAGGAGGUGUAUGCGCUGCUCUCCGAUUCCCGAGAAGCUGAGUUUGCGCGAAUGAAGGAGAACUUUCGCAGCAAGGACGCUUUCAUUGACCGCGUUGACCGUUUUGAGCAGCAGAUGAUGGUGGCGAAGAACCGGCACGCCACACACGAGGCCAAAAAGCACGACGCAGAGGUGGAGCUGGCAAGAUUGAAGCCGCAGCAUGCCGAGUUACUCGCGAAGACAGCCACCACGAGAGACAGCGCGCUAGCCUGUUUGGGGCAGAUGUUCCCCGACCGCAGAAUCCUCAUCGUCGGCGACGUGAACAAGUACAUCGCAUGA